AUGCCCAUGCUACGACAGUUCUUAAGCCUUACGGGCAACACCCACAACAAUGGUGGAUCUAGUCGUCCGCACAACCAAUCUAAGAAGAGCCGUCACAAGAAGAACCGGAGAUCGUCCAAUCGUGCGACUGCCACUCGGUAUCCCGUGCCAUCGGUCCAUAGCAACGGCUACGCGGCUUGUCUUUCUGAUAGUGAAGAGGAUUUGGCAGACGCGUCGCAAGCCUUGCUAUUGGAUACUACUGAUAGUAAUCUUUUGUCUUCUUCUCAGCAUGAUCAGCAUCAGGGAAGUCUGGACAUUCGUCAGAUGGGUUCUCACAAGCCCUGCUGUGGCGCCUUUUGUUUGCACGUAGAUGCGCAGAACUGCUGCUGCUGCGUACACGGACACGGACCAACGGAACGGUACUGUUCGUACUGUGAAGAUCAGAGACGCAUUCAGCAGCAACGGUUGGUACAACGAAGACGCAUCGUGUCCUUUGACAGCAGCGCUGUUCCUGGUCGCGCACGCGCCGGGAGCAGCGACAAUGACGACGACGACAGUUCCGCUGCGACCAACGAAACGCCACAUCGAUCCAACAUUAGUACUACCGGGAGUUUUUCCACGACAGCUGCGGUGCGAGGAAUGCCAAAACCGUGUUGUGGUCGCGAGUGCGGGGGAUUGUCUUAUGUGCAUUGCUGUCAACACGCAGACACGAGACCCUUUUCCAAUGACGGCUUGUAUCCACCUCGAAGUACCCAUGAAGUGGGUCUAGUACCACGGUAUCAGUACUACUGUCAGCUAUGCUAUGGUCAUUGCAGUACCAAUGCGUCCCAACUGCAGCAGUUGGUCACUGAUCAUCAGUCACCACACGCAUCCAACGCAGCCUUUCAGUUUGCUCCUUCUUGGGCAGCCAGCACUGGCACUGCUCUCCAAAACAAUAAUGAUGACGAUGAUGAUUCAUCCGAAUGUGCAGUACGGACCGAUCUCAAAAAGAAGCCCCGUCGAUCAUCGCAUCAGCAGCAGAGCAGCAGCGACAAUGAUACCAUCCUUACCAGCAACAGCCAUUUCACCGAGAAACUAGAACAAAUCCAGGAUCCAACCCUUCAGCAGUGCAUGCGCAAAUGCUGGUCGUGUAUCGAAUGUCCCGUGUGUUUGGAACCAUUCCAAGAUGAUCCAUGCACAUUGCCCUGCGGCCAUUCGGUCUGUCUCGGGCACAUGGAUCAAGUGGAGCGAUGUCCCAUUUGUCGAUACUUUUUAUUGCCGGCCGAAAAAGAGUCACUACGACCCACGCUAGUGCUGCGAGAAACGACAAUGGCCAUUCAACAGACGCUUCAGUCCGUGAUUGCAAUGCAAAAGCAGCAACAACGAAACGCUAAGUAUGAUAAGGACGACAAGGAAACAAGAUUGAUGUUGGAUGCUGAAAAGAAAAGUCAGGCGCGGGUCGCUGAGGAAUUGACGACACAAGAUCUCGUAAACCACGAUCGUCGUCAGCAGCUCGACUACCCAGCAGAAACCGCCGUGCCAAUCAUUAUUCAGCAAGCAAGUGAUGAUCUCAAUUGGCUCACCGACGACAAACACCAAAAGAAGAGUAGUAGAAGGACCAAAAGUGAACCCAUUGAUGUGGAUGAAAUCAGUCUGACAUCCACCACAAGCAACAGCAGUAGCAGCAACAGCAGCAUGGACAGUGGCACCACCAGCGAUGGAGGUACCGAUUCAAAUGCUUCCUCGGAAAUUUUGGAGACUCGAGGACCAAUCUCGGUCGAGUGCUAG